AUGACAGAUGCGCUGAAUCCUCCAAUGGAGGAUUCAGGCCGAGGUCCCCCAGGAUCAAACCUCACAACCUUCGAUGCCCGCCUAGUAGGUGAAAACAAUGGCAAAUUGGAGAAAAUUCCACACCAGGCGCCAGCUCGACGACCUACUGAAGAGGUGCUGAUGGGGAUUGAAGACGAGUUCCUGACUCCACCAAACCAAUUCAGCGACGAAUGGCUGGACAAGUUUCAAAAGUAA